ACUUAAGGUCCGGCGUACAGGGUGCUCCGUAAUGAACAUAAUCUAGCAGUGGCCCGCCGCCGCCGGACCUGCGCCUGCGCAUCCGCUCGCUGACCAUUUGUGACAGACUGACAUAUCAUGGAUUUCGACGCCAUAUUAGAGGACGUGGGUACGUUUGGGAAGUACCAGAAGCUGGUGAUCUACUGUGUGCUACUGCCGGCUGUUAUCCCAUGCGGCUUCCAUGCGUACGCCCAGCUCUUCAUGGCCGCGGAUGUGGUACACUGGUGCAAGGUGCCCGAACUCGAGCAUUUGGAUGAUAUCGAGAUGGUCAAGAAUAUUAGCAUACCUGUAGAACUGAAGAACGGUAUCCCGCAGUACUCCUCAUGCAGCAUGUACGACCUUAACUACAGUUACAUUGCUGCUAACUAUCCCGACAUCGAUGACGUCUCCAACUCCUCCGCAGUUGUACCCUGUACACAUGGAUGGACGUUUGAUAAGAGCGUCUAUACUAAUACUGUUGCUACUGAGUUCAAUUUAGUUUGCAACAAAGAUUUCUAUCCGACUCUCGGGCUGGUGCUCCUGGCGGUCGGUGGUAUCAUCGGAAACUACAUCUUCGGCUACUUGCAAGACACCAUCGGAAGGAAGCCUUCCUUCUUCAUCUACCUUCUCAUUGAGAGCAUUUUUGGAGUUGCCACUGCGUUUGCACAGAACUUCCCUGUAUGGAUUAUUUAUAGGAUCGGUGUUGGGUUUACUGUCCCUGCUAUUAUGGCAACACCUUAUGUUUUGGCUAUCGAGUUAGUAGGUCCAAAGUGUCGUACCCUGUGCACCAUCCUAUCUAACAUCGCGUACUCUAUGGGGCUGAUCCUCCUAGCUGGUGUGGUAUACUUAGUGAGAGAUUGGAGACAUCUGGCACUCACCACUACUCUGCCUUUCGUCUGCUUCUUCUUCUACAUAUGGCCAAUGCCGGAAAGCCCAAGAUGGCUGCUAGCGCGAGGACAGUUUGAAAAGGCGGAGAUUAUUUUGAAAAAGAUGGCCAGAAUGAACGGCAAAUCAUUACCAGCCAACUACAUGGUACACCUACGUCGUAAAUACGAGUCUGAUAAACUAAAACAAGAUCUGGAGAAGGAAAAGACACGGAAAUACGGCAUCUUGGACCUGUUCCGUACUCCCAAUCUGAGGAAGAAGACCAUCAUCAUAACUUUCAUAUGGUUCACCAACACAAGUGUAUAUGUUGGUCUAUCGUACUACGCCCCAGUGUUAGGUGGAGAUGAGUUCUUGAACUUUUUUUUGGCGGGAAUUGUAGAGCUGCCUACAUAUCUCUUCCUCUGGCCUUCUAUGGAGAGACUUGGCAGAAGAUGGACGUUGUGUAUGAGCAUGGUCGUAGGCGGCGUGGCAUGUUUGACCACAUUUCUGGUGCAACAUGAGACGUACGUAACAUUGGCUCUAUACUGCGUUGGGAAGAUGGGCAUUUCAUCAUCGUUCGUGGUGCUGCCACUAAUGGCUUCCGAGCUGUACCCGACAGUAGUGCGCGGCCUCGGCAUGAGUCUCAGCUCCGUACUAGGCAUGCUCGGACCGAUAUUUAUACCGCUCGUCAAUUAUUUGGGCUCCGAUAUAUUGGUACUACCUUUGAUCAUUAUGGGGGCACUUCUCGUAGCCGGUGGUAUCGCCAGUCUGUUACUGCCGGAGACUCUCAACCAACACUUACCCCAGACAUUGGAGGAUGGGGAGAAGAUGGGUCUGGACACAGACUUUUGCUGUAUCCCACCGGUUAAAGAAGUGAAGCCGAAUAAAAAUACGUACGAUAAUUGCAAGAAAUGCAACACGUUGUGCACUUGUCAAAUCGUCAAUGUAUCUUUGUCGGACAAUGUUGCUGCUGUCAUAGACAAGACUGGUGAAAAUGUUGAGUUUAUUUUAGUUAAAUAAGUACACGGUAUAGUAUUAUAAUUAUAUUGUUUAAAACAA